AUAACAACAAGAAGAAAAAAAAAAAAACUAGCUCAUCUCCAUUAAUCGAGGAGAAAAAUGAAAAAUUAAAGAAGGCCAUGAUUAGUUUCUUUCGAAGAAAAAGUUUUGAUUCUUGGAGUGUUCGUUUCUGAUGAUAUCACUGACUCAUACCAAAUGGGUCAGGCAUGCAAAAACUGAACAUUACUUCUAAAAAAGGUAAUAAUCCGUGCUCAAAAUUUUUACUUAUUGUGGCAACCAUUUGCUAGUUUUAGCAAAACAUAAGAGCGUGAGAGAGAUGGAGAGUAACAGUGGCGAGAUUAGUUGUGAUAAUAGUACUGAGAGGCACAAGAGUAUAGAAGAGGAGGAAGAACAAGAAGAAGAAGAAGGUGAAGAGAUCCUCAAGAGAAGAAUAUUAGGGCAUCCUUUAUAUUCUCUUUUGGUUGAGACACAUAUCAAUUGUCUCAAGGUGGGUAUAGGUGCAAAUGUAGAUGAUGAUAAAGGGAAUGCGACAAAAAAAGCAAAAUUAAUGCUUGAAACUCACAAACCCAGCACCUCAGACCUCGAUCUCUUCAUGGAAGCAUACUACCUAAUAUUGAAAAAGCUGAAAGAAGCAAUGGAAGAACCAUUGGAAGGGGCAACGUCUUUCAUCAAUGACAUGUACAAGCAACUGAGAGAGAUGAAUGAGAACCACACCGAAAAUUCAAAACCCGACUCCUCUGCUUAAUUAAAAGCUAUAUAUAUGCCCCAUAUAGUUAGUUAUAUCUACAGCAACACAUCGACUAUUGAUGAUGAAAGUCUAUAUAUAAUGGUGGCUUAACAACCCCUUGUAACUAAUAAUCCUAGUACUUACUAAUAUGAAUCUUUACAUCUAUCUAUAUUUAAAUUUAAAUUCAAUACAAAUAAUAUUAAAAAAAU